AUGAUUGCCAAGGGCAAUACAUUUUUCCCCUACUUCUACUAUCUGAGCCCCCAUCACAAGCCACCCUCUGCUCCCUUCCCAGACCCCUUUGCUGAGCUUUUACUAGGGAAAAAAAAGAAUAAAACAAACUGUCACUCCCUAUCUUUACAUCUCUCUUUCUCUUUCUCCAUUUUACUUACUCUCUGUCUUUCUCACUCUAUCUUUCUCUUUCUCUGUUUUACUUACUCUCUGUCUUUCUCUCUCUCUAUCUUUCUCUUUCUCCGUUUUACUUACUCUCUGUCUUUCUCUCUCUAUCUUUCUCUUUCUCCAUUUUACAUACUCUCUGUCUUUUUCUCUCUAUCUUUCUUUUUCUCCUUUUUCCUUACUCUCUGUCUUUCUCUCUACAUCUUUCUCUUUCUCCAUUUUACAUACUCUCUGUCUUUUUCUCUCUAUCUUUCUUUUUCUCCUUUUUCCUUACUCUCUGUCUUUCUCUCUACAUCUUUCUCUUUCUCCAUUUUACUUACUCUCUGUCUUUCUCUCUCUAUCUUUCUCUUUCUCCGUUUUGCUUACUCUCUGUCUUUCUCUCUACAUCUUUCUCUUUCUCCAUUUUACUUACUCUCUGUCUUUCUCUCUCUAUCUUUCACUUUCUCCAUUUUACUUACUAUCUGUCUUUCUCUCUCUAUUUUUCUCUUUCUCCAUUUUACUUACUAUCUGUCUUUCUCUCUCUAUCUUUCUCUUUCUCCGUUUUGCUUACUCUCUGUCUUUCUCUCUACAUCUUUCUCUUUCUCCAUUUUACUUACUCUCUGUCUUUCUCUCUCUAUCUUUCUUUUUCUCCUUUUUCCUUACUCUCUGUCUUUCUCUCUACAUCUUUCUCUUUCUCCAUUUUACUUACUCUCUGUCUUUCUCUCUCUAUCUUUCACUUUCUCCAUUUUACUUACUAUCUGUCUUUCUCUCUCUAUCUUUCACUUUCUCCAUUUUACUUACUAUCUGUCUUUCUCUCUACAUCUUUCUCUUUCUCCAUUUUACUUACUAUCUGUCUUUCUCUCUCUAUUUUUCUCAUAUACACACAAUCUCACUCUCUUUUUCACUUUCUCUCUCUUUGUUUCUCUCUGUUUCUUUCUCUCUAUCUUUCUUUCUUCCUUAGGCUUUCCUUCUCUCUCUCUCUCUCUCUCUCUCUCUCUCUCUCUCUCAAACUUGUAUUAUUUACAAAUAUUUUUAUUCAAUAAAACCCCUCUUUUCUCUUUCUUUUUGUCGUUCUGUUUCUUUCUUUCUUUCUUUCUUUCUUUCUUUCUUUCUUUCUUUUUUCCUCAUGCUCCCUCUCAUUCUAUCUCUCUUUCUCAGUGUUGCUCUCUCUCUCACUCUCUCUCUCUCUCAAUCUUGUUAAAAAUCUCUCUCUCUCUCUCACUCUCUCUCUCUCUCUCUCUCAAUCUUGUUCCCAUUUUCUCUCUCUCUCUGUCUCUCUUUGUCACUCUCUCUCGCUUUCAAUCACGUGUUUGUUUACAAAUCCCAAACUUAAUCAAUAAAGUCAUUUUGUAUCUCUCUCUCAUUCUGUUCCUCUCUCUCUCUCUCUCUCUCUCUCUCUCUCUCUCUCUCUCUCUCUCUCAAUUGUAUGUUUAUUUACAAAUCCUUCUCUAG